AUGUUGGAGGCUCUGCCUCUACCGCCGAUUCCACCUGAUCCAUCUUCUUCGAAGUCCGUAGAAAUCGAGAUGUCUGAUUCACCGAUUGCUUCGGUGCCUACAUCUUCUGUUGGUUCAGUUCCGACGGUUUCCGCUGCUGCUACUCCUUUGGGGCACAGAUCUGGUUUUAAUUGGGCUAAAAACCUAAGUUCCUCUGGUAAAAUUCCUGAAUCUCAAGUUCCGGUGUCGAUUUCGGAUUCAGGACGGCCAAGAGUCAAAGUUUCCAAUGAAGUAUUUGAGCGGGGGGCUAAGCUUCAUAGUGAUUACGUAGUGGGGAUCUUCUAUGGUAAGCCUCCCUCAUACGGAAAAAUUUGGGGUGUUCUCAAUUAUCUCUGGGGAAAGGAUAAGAGGGUUAUGAUUCACAAUCUUACCAUAAACGCUUUUCUCUUCCAUAUUCCCUCGCCAUCUCUUCGAAGGAAGAUCUUACAGCAUGAGCUCUGGCGUUUAGGUGAUUCUCCUUUCUUUGUAACGGAAUGGAGAUCGGAAUUUAGUUUUAAUCCCCCAUCGUUGAAUCAAGCACCAGUGUGGACUAAUGUUAAAGGGAUUCCUUUUGACUUGUUAACUCCGGAAGGUUUGGCGAUUGCUUGUAAGCAUCUGGGUAGAGCUGUGGAGCACAAGCCGUUUAGAAGUAUUUCCUCUGCGGAUGUCAAGGUUGUCGUCGAUCUUACUAAGCCGCUGCCACCAGAAGUGGAGCUGGAGAGGGAUGAUGGCAAAGUAUUGAUCUUGCAGAUUACUUAUCCUUGGUUGCCUCCAUUUUGUGAUAUAUGUGGUGAAUUUGGGCAUAAGGAGUCUUUAUGUCCUCGGGUUUAUGGUCCUGAGAAUAAACCUCGUGGUUUUGGUCAGGAGAACAAAUCAAAUAAGCCUUUGAAGGGCUCGAUUCCUAAGCAGUCUCAAUCGCCUACUCCGGAGCAGAGGAAAGCUAAAGUUGUUCCGAAUGGAAAUGAAUCUCAAUGGAAGCAAGUGGUAAAGUCUUCUUCGGGUGUGAAGAAUUUGAAGGAUCAUCAUCCUAUUCAGCCAGGGAGUUCUCAUUCAGAUCCAUCUUCUGCGAAUCCCUGUUUGGACUUGAUCCCAGUUUUUACUCAAAAAGCUCAUGUUUCUGCUGAUAAGGGCCCUAUGGAUUUGGUUGUGGCGGAUAAUUCUCUUUCUUCCUCUCAGAAAGCUUCGUAUAAGAAUCCUUCCCACUCGUCUUCGUCUACUAAGCCAAGGUUAUCAAACUCUUUUGAUAUGCUAAGUGAAGAUAAUAUGGCUUUAGUUAUUCUUGAAGAUUCGGCACAGGGUGUGGAUUAUCGUGCUUCGUCUAAUGUCCCAAAGAAGAAGAGGAAGGUAUAUAGCUCUUCUACGUUUGGUUCGUGUGAUGAUCCCCCUCCGGAUGGGGAGAUGCAUCACAAUCACUAA